AUGUGGCGGAAGGACCCGAAGCUAGAUGAAGCCAUAGAGAGAGACAAGAGGUACAAGCUUUGCGCUCGCGUCGUCAGAGAGGUAUUGAACGAGCCAGGACAAGCAAUCCCGCUAUCUUACCUAGAGCGAAGGCGCGAGAGGUUGCACCUCAUGGACAAGAUCAAAACUUUCCUCCGUCGGAACCCACUGCUGUUCGAUACGUGCUACGAUCGAAUCAAACCCAAAUCCGAGCCGGUUCUUUUCGUUCGCCCGAGCCAUCGGUUGAGGAAUUUUCUGGAAGAGGAGAAGAGGAUACAGCUUGAAAACGAGGAGCUGCUCGUCGCCAAACUGUGCAAGUUGUUGAUGAUGGCCAAGGACAAGGUAAUCAGCGCAGAUAAAUUGGUUCAUGUGAAGAGGGAAUUCGGGUUUCCUAAUGAUUUCAUGGUUAGUUUGGUGGACAAGUAUCCUAACUACUUUCGGCUGAUUGGGUUUCCUGGAGAAGGGCAGUCGUUUCUAGAGCUAGUAGAUUGGAACCCUGAAUUCGCUAAAUCGGUUAUUGAGCGGAGAGCCGAGGAAGAGUCCAGAUUAACAGGGAUUAGGGUUCGUCCGAAUUUCAAUUACAAGCUUCCACCAGGUUUUUUCCUGAGGAAGGAGAUGAGGGAAUGGGUUAGGGAUUGGUUGGAACUCGAGUACGUAUCGCCUUAUGUUGAUGCCUCGCAUUUGGAGCAAUCCUCGCCCGAAAUGGAGAAGAGAUCCGUUGGGGUUUUCCACGAGCUGCUAUCGCUUUCUCUGUUCAAGAGGGUUCCGGUCGCAAUUCUUGGCAAGUUUUGUGAAGAGUACAGGUUUUCCAAUGCAUUUUCAAGUGUUUUCACUAGGCAUUCUGGGAUAUUUUAUAUGUCAUUGAAAGGGGGAAUUAAGACUGCAAUGCUCAGAGAAGCUUACAAAGGAAGUGAGUUGAUUGACCGAGACCCAUUGCUGGAAGUAAAAGAUAAGUUUGUGGAAUUGUUGGAGAAAGGCUGGCAGGAGAGAGCUGAGCAGUUGAGGUUGCAAAGGGAAGCAGUCAAGAAGGAUCCUGAAAUGGUGGCAAUGCAAAGCAAAGAUUUAGAUGCGGAAACAAGCAGCGAGGAAUCUGAUAAGGGAGAAGAAGUGGAGGAACCAGUUUCGAAUUCAUGA